AUCUACAGAUUGUAUUAUUUGUGUGAAAAGCAUUUCUGAUCGCAGGAACCAGUUCAGUAACAACAAUGAAUUCCUUACGAUUUACCUCAAAAUUUGUCCAUUUGUGGGCCUUGUUUUGUCUCUUACUGCAAUGUGUCCAAGGAAGUCAACAAUACGGUUCACUUGUGCAAGAGCAGUUCAAUCACAGACCGACAGUAUCUGCACUAGACUUUCUAUUGUCCGGUAUUCUUUUUUUACCAAGAACUCUUUCUCCCCAAGCAAACGUACCGCUGUCUUCUAGUGCACACUCUCAGCAACCAUUCUUUGAAGCCGUUCUCAACAAAUCGUUCACGCGGACAACACUUUCGGAAGGAGAUCUACAGAAACUGCCAUUCAUUGCCAACGACCCACUUUUAUCUGCCGCAUUUCGCCUCAAGGACGAGUUCCACAACGUAUUGCAGCCACCCACCAAACAUACUGUUGGUAAGCUAAACAUUCGGUGAUUCAACCAACUCACGAGUAACAAGAGUUCUGCUAUCUGUCACUGUACUGCAGAGGUUCCGCUCGAGUCCACGAGGCUUCGGAGGCGCCGCUUGCAAAAUAUUCCGCCAGGAACUCGUUCCACUCGUGACGCCUCAACCCUGACAGAUCACGAAACGAAUCGCAUCUCCAAUAGAACUCCAAGCAGACCUCAGAUACACAAUGACUACCCUGCUGAUCCUGGCCUUGCAAACGACAAUGACGCUGCCCGAUCCUUGAUCAUUUCCCUCGCCAAGCACGUCGCCUUUCCAGCCCUAGAUCCCGCUAUAAUUGCAAGCACCACAACAGAUUUUGUUGACCAGUUUCUGAGCCCUACUGGACUGACGCAAGAAGUGGCACGAAUGAUGAUGACGGCACGACAGGCAGUGGGAAACGACAUCGAAGGCAUUGACGGCAAUCGCGCCGCGACUGACAGUGACUUCUUAGACGGCGACAUGGGAGGCCUUCUGAGCCUUCUCGGUGACCUGGAGGCACUGAUUGAGUCGAAAAUUGCUUGCGUCGCGCUUGGCAAAGCAUUCUUCAAGUACGUUUUAGUGCCGCUUCAGCUUGCAGGUCCCGUAGCGAGCAUGAUUCUUGACAGGAAGCCACUGCUGUUGAAGGCCUUCGCGUUGAAGGCACUUCUGUUGAAGCCUGAGCUUUUGAUCCAGCCAGAUCUGUUGUUCCGGUCGGGCCUGCUCUUCAAGCCGGGCCUUCUUCCCGGAAUGGGAGACUUGGAGUUGAAGAAGCUUCUCCUGGCUGCAGUUCUGGCGCCCAAGGUGAUUGCAGGACUGAAGCCCAUGUUCGGUGCCUCUCUGGGGAACAUCCCGCUGUUGCUGAUCGAGAAACUGGUGACACUGGACCCUGGCCAACUUCUGAUGCUCCUAUCAAGUUUGUCCGGUGGAGGCCUGGACGGCUUGUUGGGGGCGAUGGGCACUGAUGAACUGAAGGCUCAAGGCGCCGAGGCGGCCUCUUGGGAGUCCGUUUGCGCGAGAGGUCGGCAGGCAAGAAGGCGCUGA